AUGAACAUUCAGCAGGCCCCAGAGGGUCAUUUUAACCCGGCCUCUCCUCAUUCGUCGAGCGGAGGUGCCGAUUCAUACAAAGGCACUCCUGAUACUCGAUUGACCACUUUCUCUCCAGAAGAUGGAUCUGUUCGUUCCAUGAAGAUGUUGGGAUCUCUCACAGCUGGUGCUCGCGAAGCUGGUCCCAUCACUUACCCUUCGAGUGCACCCCAGACUCUCGAGAAGUCCAAUGUCUUCUAUCGUACCAACCUCCACAUGGACAAGGACCCAUUCAUCUCUCCAUCCGAUCCCGGUUUCAAACCUGGUCAGAAGCUGUCCCCUACGGCAUCAGUCUUCUCUCCUCUCCCUUCGUCCUUGGUUGUUCGUAGUUCAGGCUCGGCAUCCGAGCCUAAGCGAGGACCCGACGUUUUCUCAGAGGGCUUAGGUCAGAACUAUGGCCAGAACUCAGAACAGUCUUCACCUCGAGCUGGUAUCACCCACUCUGAGUUUGUUCAUGACCAACUAAGCACCGACUCUGGGCUCUCACGAUGCCUCAUUGUAUCCGCCAAGGAUGGUGGUAGAGUGACCGUAGCUGCUUUAGAGAUCUACCUAUCAGAACUACAGCAGGUUGGUAUUUCAAUCCAGGGAAGUAAGCAGGCCUAUGACUGCGCCGGCCAGGUGUUCGCUCGCUUCUCCAAUAUCCGUGCCGCCUGUAGCGUUUUCUCAAAUCUUCGGAUGGGAGGUCGCGAUUGGCUUGUUCGUUCAAUCAGUCCUCGAGAGUUCUCUAUGGUUGUAGAGCCAGGCUCAGGUCUUGUUACUGCGCAUGAAGGCCAGCUCUAUAUCAGUGUGUUUCUACAUCCUACCCGAGCCUCGAACGAAACACACCAGCUCGAGAGCUUUGUGAAGAGAGUUCUCCAGACCGAGGGUGACUUAUUCGCCUUUAAACUCCGAGAUGGUGUAGAGGGAAGCAUUUUGAGCGCCGUUGUUGAGUACUGUGAUAACGACAUGUCAUUACGCGCUGUGACUCGGUUUCAAAACCUCGUCAUUGAUGGAUUGCAAUUUUGCGCUACAUUGUACCGGCCGGACUUGAUCCAAGGCGCGUCUGGUGGAUUGUUCAAUCCGACUCGAACUGGACCGAUUCCAGCUGAUUUGGACACCGGCUUCCGACACAUGUCUCUUGGACGACAACAGUCGGUUGUCUCGUCCUCGGCUGAUACCAUAUUCACCCCACAAGCCCGAUCGCCUGCCUCUGCGAGCAGCUUUCCAAUGCAGCCUUCUUAUGGAAUGGUACCUAUGAUAUACCAUAGUUUACCAAUCAGUCCUUCGUAUGUAGUCGACCAAAUCCCCUCUCGAAGUGCCAGUAGCAUGUUAUCAUCAAACAACUAUUCUCUGGUGAGCCCUAUGACGCCUCAAAGAGGUUCGUUCAUGUCUACGGAUCUCACGACUCCCCGUCAGUUUCAGCAUUAUGGUCGCCCAGACAAUCGUCGACAGAAUGCCAUGAGAGUCUCUCGAUCACCUUAUUACAAUGCUGCCAACCAUCAUAACCACGUCGAUGUUGGCCGCAUUCGAGAAGGCACUGACGUGCGCACGACGAUCAUGUUACGCAACAUUCCUAACAAGGUCGAUCAAGCUCUGCUGAAGAGAAUUGUCGACGAGUCUAGCUGGGGUAAAUAUGACUUCAUGUACCUACGCAUCGAUUUCGCCAAUGACUGCAAUGUCGGUUACGCUUUCAUCAACUUUGUCGACCCACUCGACAUCAUCGAUUUUGUGAAUGCUCGGGGAAACCAACGCUGGAACUGCUUCAAGAGCGACAAAGUUGCAGAAAUUUCCUACGCAACCAUCCAAGGCAAAGACUGUCUUGUCCAGAAGUUCCGCAAUAGCUCGGUGAUGCUUGAGGCCCCUCAUUAUCGACCCAAACUCUUUUAUACCCUCAAUGGCCCACGCGCUGAUUUAGCCGGCCAAGAAGAGCCCUUCCCCGAGCCUGACAAUCAGUCGAAGAUGAAGAGAAGCUGUGAGAAUGCCGAGCAUGUUGGCCUUUUCACUCCGAACGCAGGCCAGCAUUUCCGCGACGAGCAGCGACGACGCCGCUCUCAAUUCGACCGUGGAAACCCGCGACUCGAGGAAUACGAUUACGAUGCAGCCCUUCCUCAACUACCCUUUUACUAG